AUGGAUGAAGGACGUCACCAUGUCAGCCAGAAGGAACUUGGUUUUAGAAAAACCGAGAUCUUCAACGGUUCAGACCGUUCGAAGCUUAGGGAAUUUAUAAACCAAUGCAAGAAUUACAUGGCCGGAAAUAGCCAUGUCUACCAGGAAGACAAUCAGAAGAUCACAUUCGUGCUAUCGCACAUGCAAGGAGGAACAGCAGGAUCAUGGGCACAGAGCUUCAUAGAAACGGAACUCACCAAUGACGACUUCCUUUCUUAUGGGAGUUGGAGAGACUUCAUUGCAAGUGUGAACAAAGCAUUUGGCGAUGAAAAUAUUGAAGAAACCGCUCAUACCUUGCUGCGUAACAUCAAGCAAGGAACUCGUACUGCGGACGACUACAUUGCCGAAUUCCGAUCGAUUGAAUCCAAGGCGAAAUUAGAAGAUGCUGGAAAUAUCGAGUAUUUCAAGUGGGGACUUAACGACCCACUCCGACAAAGGAUAUAUGGGAUGGAAAGCAUGCCCAAGACACUUGACAAGUGGUACGAAUACGCCUCACAGUUUGAUAACCAAUGGAGAUCUGCUCAGAUCUUCAAGCGAGGAGCCACUAUGACGAUGCGAGGAAAGGGCCGAUCUGUCCAUCGUCCCUACUACUCGGCUUCUGCAAAGGAUCCAAACGCGAUGGAUGUUGAUCAUGUCAAUAUCUCGCGCUUAUCCCCGGACGAGCGACAGAAGAGAAUGAAAGAAGGAUUAUGUUUCCUAUGCGGAAAGAAGGGCCAUAUAGCCAACGACAGACAAUUUCACCCCCAGUCUGGAAGUUUCACCCGUGCUAGAACGAUACAGCCCGGGUUGGACACAGACACGAUCACAUGGAUCAAGAAGAUGCGAGAAGACCUCGCACAGAAGGAGACAUCGAAGGAAGAAACCAGAGAGGAACAGAUCGCCUAUGUGCGAAACGUCUUCAACGACAUGACUGAUGAAGAACGAACCCAAUUGGGUUUUUGA